UCCUAUUUCUUCAAAAGAGUCGUAAGAUUUACGGUGUUAUUUCAUCCAUCCUGGCGACCGUGUGGAGUGUGGACUCUCUUUUUUAGUACUUGCGUCAAUGUCUCUGCGAGAACUUUGUGAAUGGGACAAUGAAAAGUAAAUGAUUCAUUCAUUCCACCUCGGUUGGCCGACGUUCAGUGGCUAGUUUUCUUGGCCAGUCUGGUUCCAACCAUCUUCCAGUCAACAACAUCGACCACUAUUAGUUUGUGUGCCAAAUAACCUCCUCGGCAAUCAACAUCCCAGUUUACCAUGGAGUCCAAACUCAAAAGUGUUCUAGUCAUCUGGUUCCUUUAUUCGACGAUUGCUAUCCAAGUGAUUGGUUUCAACACUCCCGAAAAAUUCACAAGCGAAACUCGGAAAAUGCUUCAACUGUGGAAACGGAAAAUCGACAUGAACGUUGGUUUUCAGUUACGGAAAUUGGGCAUAGUUCACGGACGAUCAGCCUUUAAUAAUGCCACCAAAUGUUACGGUCCGUUGGGAUGCGUGGAGAUCAAUGAAGAUUGGUAUGGAAUCACGAGACCCGUGAAUGAUUUGCCCCAAGAGAGGGAGAUUGUGAAUACGCAGUUCCAUCUUUAUACCAAGAACGCCCCGGGGGAGAGUUUUCCAUUAAAUAUAAGCGAUCAUUCCUCAAUCUCAGAGGCUGGUUUUGAUCCCUCGAAACCCACCAAAGUCAUCAUUCAUGGGUUCAUUGACACAGGUCACGUCCCUUGGGUCAAGGAACUCGUUUUGGCGCUUUUAAAGAUGGGCGAUUUCAACGUGAUUGCCGUGGAUUGGGGUGGUGGCUCCGCUGUUAUGUACAGUCAAGCGGCCGCCAACACUCGCUUGGUUGGAUUAGAGGUGGCGUUUGUAAUCGAGUACCUCAUUGCCAACCAUGGAGCACAUGUAGAGGACUUUCAUUUGAUUGGUCAUUCUUUGGGAUCGCACAUUUCUGGAUACGCUGGAGAACGACUGAAGCAUCGCGGACAAGGCUUACUCGGUCGCAUUUCUGGGCUUGAUCCAGCAGAACCCUUGUUCCAAUCUAUGCCAGAGUUUGUGAGGUUGGAUCCAGAUGACGCGGAAUUCGUCGAUGUCAUUCACACUGAUGCCAAAAGCAUCCUCAUGUUUGGAUAUGGGAUGGAACAGCCUGUUGGGCAUGUGGAUUUCUAUCCCAAUGGAGGCACUGAUCAACCGGGUUGUUCCCUUUUGGAUUUGCCAGUCAGUAUGAACAGCAUGGUGGAUCCAGAUCGAACGGCUGAUUCCGUUAGUCGACAUUUAGUGGCGUGCAGUCACACCCGAGCCAUCAAUUUGUACAUCGAGUCAUUGAAUCAAGACCAAAGCUGUUUCAUGGUAGGGCAUGAGUGUCCAUCUUAUGAAGAGUUUCAGAUGGGGCUAUGCUUUUCUUGUGGAUCUCAAACCCAGCAUUGCGCACCAAUGGGCUAUCGGGCCAUUGAAUACAAACAUAUUGUCCAGGCGUAUGAGCGGCGGAACGUCAAAUUUUAUUUGGAAACCAACAAGGGGCCGGAAUCGUUUUGCCAGUACCAUUAUUUGCUCGAAUUGAACCUAGCCCAACCCAGUAUUGCGGAACGCUGGGUUCAAGGCUUUUUGAAGGUCAAUUUAUACGGGUCCAAAAGUGAAAUCCUCGACAACAGCUUGACUCCAGAAGAAAGUCUGCGCUUUGUCCACGGUCACGAAAAGAAUUUUUUGAUGUCCUUUCCCCAAGAUUUGGGCGAUGUUCGGAUAGUAAAUCUCCAUUGGGAAUAUGACCAUGAGCUGGAUCCACUCAAUCUUACCAAAGUCUGUGUCCUGCUCUGCUCGGAUCAUAUCUAUGUUCGAAAUAUUACCGUGGCCAAAGUCCAUACUUCACAAGUCAAUCUUGUGGAGGGAAUAAAACUACCCCUGAGAGAUGAUAGAACAAUCAUUUGUGGAGACUCGAAAGAGAAAUUUGCUGAUAUUCAGUCAGGUGAAUGGAAACUUUUUUACAAACCAUGCAUCACUGGACCAGCCGGUCCGACACCACUAACAUCUUUUUGAGAUGUUUAUAGUAACUCAUAAUAAUGUGUGUACAGUGCUGUGAUAAAAUUGAAUGAUCUGGAAUCAAAA